UUAAAGUAUAUUUUGGGUUCUCACCAAUAAAAAAGGAAAAGCGUAUUUAGAGUUGACCAAGGGCUUUGUAAUAAAUAUGGGGUUUGUAUACAAAGAUGAAAAGUUUGGCGAAUGCUGUUGGAGCGAAGACGGCGAGGGCUUGCGACAGCUGCGUCAAGAGACGUGCGCGGUGGUACUGCGCGGCCGACGAUGCUUUUCUUUGCCAAUCUUGCGACAGUUUGGUCCACUCAGCGAACCCUCUUGCUCGCCGGCACGAGAGAGUCCGUUUGAAGACGGCCAGCCCGGCGGUGGUAAAGCAUAGCAACCACUCAUCAGCUUCUCCUCCACAUGAGGCCGCCACGUGGCAUCACGGGUUCACUCGUAAAGCUCGGACGCCACGUGGCUCUGGUAAGAAGAACAAUUCGUCGAUUUUUCAUGACUUGGUGCCGGAGAUUAGUGUUGAGGAUCAGACCGACAGCUAUGAGAUGGAAGAGCAGCUGAUCUGUCAAGUGCCGGUUCUAGAUCCGUUGGUGGCUGAGCAGUUCUUGAACGAUGUCGUUGAGCCCAAGAUCGAGUUUCCUAUAAUGAGAAGUGGUGUGAUGAUCGAGGAGGAGGAAGACAACGCUGAAAGUUGUCUUAAUGGUUUUUUCCCGACCGACAUGGAGCUUGAGGAGUUUGCUGCUGAUGUGGAGACCCUGCUCGGUCGUGGGUUAGACUCUGAGUCCUAUCCCAUGGAGGAGCUAGGGUUAUCUAAUUCAGAGAUGUUCAAAAUCGAAAAAGACGAGAUUGAAGAAGAUCAAGUAGAAGAAAUAAAAGCCAUGAACAUGGAAAUAUUCGAUGAUGAUCGAAAAGACGGGGAUGAAACAGUACCGUUUGAGCUAAGCUUUGAUUACGAGUCGUCACACAAGACAUCCGAAGAAGAGGUAAUGAAGAACGUUGAAAGCAGCGGUGAAUGUGUUGUUAAGGUAAAAGAGGAAGAACAGAAGAAUGUUCUGUUGCUGAGAUUAAACUACGACUCGGUUAUAUCCACUUGGGGCAGCCAAGGUCCACCGUGGAGUUCAGGAGUGCCACCGGAGCGAGACAUGGACAUCAGCGGUUGGCCAGCCGUUUCCAUGGGGGAGAAUGGAGGAGAAAGUACUCAUAAGAAGCAAUACGUUGGUGGAUGUUUACCAUCAAGUGGAUUUGGAGAUGGAGGUAGAGAAGCUCGGGUUUCGAGAUACAGAGAGAAGAGAAGGACGAGGUUGUUUUCUAAGAAGAUAAGGUACGAGGUACGUAAGUUGAAUGCGGAGAAAAGACCACGGAUGAAAGGAAGAUUCGUUAAGAGAGCCUCGCUCGCUGCUUCCGCUGGUGCUGUUGCUGCAAUUUCACCAUUAGGUGUUAAUUACUGAAUAGUGAAUAUCUAUUCAUGUUAUAUCUCACUUUACAAAUUUUGGUGAAAAUUUUUCUUCUGAAACAACAGAAGUUAUUUUGGCACUUAAUUGUGCUUUGCGGACUUGGUAUGUACAUAGAUUUAGUAACCAAUAAUGUGACUUUUCUUGUAUUGAUAGCACUGAUGUAUAUAUCUGGUAAUAAGAAUGUGCAAAGGCA